AUGGCAGGGCCACCGGCGGUCGAAGAAGGGGUGACACGGGUACCACCACGGUGGCAGAUCAUCACCAAGAAAAUAUUCAAAUUCAUAUUACACCAAUGGCUUCUCAUUGGAAUGGGAGUUGCCUGCGCACUAGCCUAUUGCUUCCCCAACGUCGCGAAACAUGGCGGAAUCAUUCGAUCCCAGUAUAGUGUCAUGUACGGUGUGAUCGCGAUCAUUUUCUUGAUCUCGGGACUGAGCAUCGAUCGCCGGAAGCUUUUCUUACAGUUCAUGAAUUGGAGACUGCACCUCACCGUGCAAGUGAUUUCCUUUUUGUUCAUCCCCGCUGUGGUUUUGGUGGUUGUUUAUGCUAUUCUGGCUGGCGAUCCGACCGGCAAGAUCAACCGGUCUGUGCUGGCGGGGUAUAUCUUUGUGGCUUGUAUUCCGACGACCAUCGCCUCCAAUGUGGUAAUGACUCGGUCUGCUGGCGGUGAUGAUGCGGCGGCACUGGUGGAGGUGUUGAUCGCCAAUGUUUUUGCCCCGUUUGUCACUGCUGCGUGGACGGUUGCUUUGAUUCCCAAGACUCCUGAGUUUGAUGCGUGGAGGUAUGGUGGUGGGGACAUGAGUAGCAUGUACAGAAAUGUCUUCCAGCAAUUGGGACUGAGUGUGUUGUUGCCCUUGUUCGUGGGCCAAUUGGUGCGAUGGACAUGGCCUGAUCUUGUGGCGCGGGUGUUGCAGAAGACAAAGCUGCCCAAGUUGGCUUCUGUCUGCAUGUUGUUGCUGAUCUGGACCACCUUUUCUUCUUGUUUUGCCACGGGGGCUCUCCAGGAAAUGGACACCCAAAGCAUUAUCUUCGUUGUAUUGUUCAACAUCGCCCUUUACAUCUUCCUCACAGGGAUCUGUUUCAUCGUCUCUCGACCACCUCAAAUCUUUGCUUCAAACAGAUGGUACAAAGCUGUGUUCCAACCCCUUCCACCCAAAGAGACCAUUGCAGCUUGUUUCUGUGGUCCAGCAAAGAGCACGGCGCUUGGAAUUCCACUGCUGUACGCCAUGUGGUCACCGCUGGAUUUAUACCUCAAGGCGCAAACCUCUGUGCCUGUACUGCUCUACACCACCGAGCAGAUCUGCGUGGCUCAUUUCUUCGUCCAAAUAUUUCGCAAAUGGCACUCAUACAUAGAAAAGCGAGAUGGAGAGCAGAUCGCUCGUGGCGACUCACCCGAGACUGAUAUGGUGGAAACUCCUGUAGAUGGCCGUCAUCUACCACUGAGAGUGGAGAACGACUCAAAGGCCUAG